CCUGCUCCGAAGCCUACCUGGUAUCACAAUGGUCGGGAAAUCAGUGAAGAUACCGAUGAAGGGUUUCGGUUUGAAUCGUACGGGAAGACAUUGGUAUUCAAUGUAACGCAAGACAAAGCCGGCAAGUAUGACUGCCGUUUUCCCGUCCAUAAUGACAUCGACAGGGCGUUCAACGUGGUAGUGGAAGGCGUACCAUAUGGUGAGGCACAGUUCGAGAAAGAUGAGCUGUCUACAAACACACAGAAUGAGCCGACUUCAUCGUACGAGAUUGCCAUUCAAAAGCGC